GCUGGGCGAAGUUACGACUAGAUGAUAGACGGGGAGAAAAAGAAAUAUACGCAAAUGUUAUGGGGCGGAUAUAACAAGUGCAAGUACUAUACUAUUACCAGAAAGAUGUAAAAGGUAUAAGUAUAGAUGGAAAAAAAAACAUAUCACUUAAGGCUUCGGCAUUGGAUAAAUCAAGGCAGAUAUAAUGUAUAUUGCAAAAAUACAGUGAUUUUUUUUACAGAGUUGUUACUGUAUUUAUUUCACGGCGAAAAGACUCUAAUCAUUCUGAUUAUAAAGGCGAAUGGGUCUGGUGAAUUUGAUUGAGUCUGGAGGAGUUGGCGCUUUUCCAGGGAUAUUUCAUCCUCUCUGUUAUUAUUCUACGCAGAGCCGGGUGUUGGAUUUUGGCUUCUCGGUCCUGUUUGAAUAGGAUAGACCUUAUUUUCUUUCGCAUUCUGCGCAUGUCCACCACGCCUGUAAAUGACACGAAUAGCAAGGCAGGUAAAUGGAGCCAAUCGGUGAGAAACUGCUGGCAUUCGAGGGUUGUUUAGUGUCAGCCCCCUUUUAAUUAGAUCAUCCAGCUCCAAAUCGGCAAUACAAGUUUCCUAAACCGAAUCGCACGUCGCCAAGUGCGCAUAUGGAUUGUUUUAUAGAUUAAAGUCCACAUUGGAUCCAAGGAAUUGUGCCUACUGGGUGGGGGAAAUAAACUUACUUCGACUCUCUUUUGGACUUCCCUAAAUCUUGAUCUUCGCCGCCAGGGCCAACGCAUUUGGCGAAAGCCAUGUUCCAGCCUCCGGCCAAGAGAUGCUUCACCAUCGAGGCUCUGGUAGGCAAAGACAACGCGUCCACUCUGGGGGAUGAACCGCUCCGACCGACAGCUCUGAGAUACGCCGACUCGCUGCACGCCUCCCACUUCGGAAGUGGCUUUCAGAACGCCGGCAGGACUCUCUACAGCAGCCCCGAGCUCUUGUUUCCCGACCCGGUAACCCACGCGGCCAGCCCCGCUCUCUCAAUUCACCCAGGCAACGCACAUCAUCUGUCCGCACAGUCUUUCUUUGCGCCCCAGCAGAGAGAAGCACUAAGUUUUUACCCAUGGGUUUUAAGGAACAGAUACCUGGGUCACAGAUUUCAAGGUGGCGAGGGAGGAGCGGAGAGCCUGCUUCUCCACGGCCCUUUCACCAGGAAGCCUAAGCGGAUUCGAACAGCGUUCUCACCGUCCCAGCUCCUUAGACUAGAGAGAGCUUUCGAGAAAAACCACUACGUGGUGGGCGCCGAGCGAAAACAAUUAGCAAGCAGCUUGUGUCUCACGGAAACCCAGGUAAAGGUCUGGUUUCAGAACAGAAGGACCAAGUACAAACGACAGAAGCUGGAGGAAGAGAGCCCCGACACGCAGCAGAAACGAAAAGGGACACAACACGUGAGCAGGUGGAGAAUGGCCACCAGGCAGACCAGCCCGGAGGACAUUGAUGUGAUUUCAGAAGAUUAGAGGUCGCCUGGAUUCAGACAUAAACCAUUCCAAUGUUUCAGUAUAAUUCGUGCAAUGAUGACUGCGAGCAGCCAGAUAGAUGGCUUGAAUAUCCAACCUGGCCCAUCAUGGAAUUCCCGAUUCCACUUCUGAUCAAGUCACACGACACAAAGGUGGACUAAAAAAACUUCAACCGUGUGAUUAUAGUUUAAUUAAAAAGAAUCUUUGUUAAGAAAACAGUUUGAGUGCAGCAAGUGGAAGAAGGAGCGUUCGUUCUCGCUAGAGGUUGGCAGGCAGGCUGGCCGUGGGUGGAGCCCACUUGGGCCCACGCCCUUCAUUCACCAUUGAAUUGGUUUCACAUGGAUUUGGUAGCAUCCGGCGUCUUCGCAGUUAAUGCCACGGGAUUGUGUUUUCUUUUCUCGUUUUAGGUUGGAGGAUUAAAAAAAUUAAAUAUAAAUGACCGCAAGGCCCGGCGUAGCCUUGCGUGCAGCCUGAACACAAGGAACAAAAAAAAUAUUCAUUUGCAAGUUUCUACGGGUUUUAAACUGAGGAAGGGACGGUCUUAAAGGAGGUUAGCGCCGAAGACCUCCUGUACCGGAAUGGCACUGAGUGAUUCCCGUUACUUGAUGUUAAUGUCUCAUCUCACCCCCUCCGCAUAGAUCUGUUUUAUAAUGGUCUUUUUGGUCGAUUGUAAAUAAACGUGUCACCAAUGAUAUGUCCCAUACCACAAAAUAAUAAGGAAAUAUUUUUUCCACAAUAAAAUAUAUUGCAAAAAAA